GUUGCACUGAUUUAGGUCAUAGACCUAGAACUAUCCCGAAGUUGGUGGUUACUCUUGAUAGCAGUAGUCGCUGUGCUUCAAUCGAAAGUUUCCUCACUGGUCGAAAAACAGCAGCGACUCGCCACUUCUCACCCUUUCAGUUUGCAAUCAUCGCAACUUGUGUUCCUUCUAGAAGUGAACAUGACAGCUUCGAUUAUCUUGGUGUUCAUGGUGUUUUGGCCACCAAAAAUGGGCGAGCAGCAAAGCAUAUAAACGACAACAGACUCCUCUCAGCAGUGUUGAAAGAAUCCUCAACCUCACCCCUCGACAUCCUCACUUGCCCCUCAAUCCUUUCACACAUACUUCUCUGAGAGUCCCAACCAAGUCCACAAGCUAGUCCGCCACAGCAAACAACAUGCAUAUCCACUCCCUUCUUGCCCUGACCCUGGCGGCCACCACCUCGGCCUUGCCCUCCCUUCCAGAAUGUCUCAUGAAUGAUGAGAGCCGCUCUCGCGCCUGCCGCGAGGUUGGCCCCGCUCAAAGCAAGCAAGAGAUCGUCGACGGCCAGAAGCAGCAGAACCGUGGCGGUCUUCAGGGCCAGAUUGAAUAUGUCGACCAGCAGAUCGGCAAGGAGAUCGAGUGCCCCGAGUGCGGCAAGAACAUCGUCGGUGACUUGGCCCAUAACAAUAUUAUUACUGGCCAGGGUGAGCAGCAGCUUGAUAUGAUCAAUGGCAAGACUCAUGAACAGUGGAUGAAUAUGGGCCAGAAGGAGCAGGAUAGCAUGCCCCAUGGCCAGAAGUCCAACUUCAAGAUUGGCCAGAAUCAAAAGCGCAACCAGCACUUCGGCCAGCUCUUUGCCGGCCAGUCCAACACUCACGGCUCCAUGAACAUGGACACCGGCAAGACUCAGCAAGAUGAGCUCCUCGCCAAGGGACAGGGCAUGACCCAGGAGCUCUACAACGGCCGCAUCCAGGAGCGCGACAACACCCACAACUGGGGCAACCAGCUCUACCAGGGCCAGAACCAAGAGCAGCAGGAGCAGUUCAUGACCGGCCAGGGCCAGAACCAGCAGGAGCAGUUCAACAAGGGUCUGUUCAACAAGGGUCUCUACAACACCGGCAGCAACACCAACGGUAUCAUCCAGGACUUCAACAAGGGCGGCCAGAACCAGCAGCUCUACAACGGUCAGCAGCUGUACAAGACCGGACAGAACGGUGUCCUGGUGACCACCACCCACAACCAUCAGCAGGAGCAGUUCAACAAGGGUCAAGGCACUCAGCAGCUCUACAACGGCCAGCAGACUCACCAGCAACAGCAGUGGAACAACGGCCCCAAUGACAUCCUCGUGACUACGCACCAGUUCUACCAAGGCCAGCCCAUCAACACUCAGCAGCUCAACAAGGGCCAGGGAAUUCAACAGCUCUACAACGGCCAGGGAAUUCAACAGCUCUAUAACGGCCAGCAGAUGGACAACCAGCUGUACAAGACCUGGCAGAACGGUAUCCUGGUGACCACCCCCAACCAUCAGCAGGAGCAAUUCAACAAGGGCCAACAGACCCAGGAGCAGUUCAACAAGGGCCAACAGACUCAGGAGCAGUUCAAGACCAAUGGUAUCCAAGCCCGUCACGAGAUCACCCAGACUGGUAUCGCUGAGCAGUUCGAUGGUCAGAACAAGCAGCACCAGCAGUUCGAUGGUCAGAAUAAGCAAGGCCAAGAGAUGUUCACCGGCAAGACCACUGAACAGGAGCAGUUCGCCGGCAACGCCCAGAGCAAGCAACAGGAGCAGUUCACCGGCAACGCCCAGAGCAAGCAACAGGAGCAAAUCGACGGCCAGAAGCAAGGCCAGCAGUGGACCAAGGACGGCAAGACCCAAGAGCAGUGGAGUCAGAAUGGCAAGCAGCAAGAGCAAUUUGACGGCCAGAACGCCCAAGGCCAGCAAGAGCUCCUUGUCUUCAACCCCCAGCAAAUGAUGGACUUCAUUUCUUCCCAAGCCAAGCAGGGACAGCAGUGGGUUAGGGAGCAAGUGGUUAGAGAUGGGAAGAAGCAGGUGGUUUGGACUUGUGUUGAUCAGUAAACACAGGCAACUUAUUUCUUGGCCGACCGAAGGGGAAAUGUGGAUGAGGAGGAGAGCAGGAGGGAGGGAUGGAAAAGAAGGGUUGAUGAUGACAAUG